AUGGAGGAGAUCCUUGAGCGCGGCCUGCGCAUACAGGAAGCGGGAAUCAUCAAGAAGCUGCUGCCGGAUCUCAAGACCGAGGUGAUCGAUGUGGGCAUAAUCCAGAAGAUGACGCCCAACGGCCAGUCGACGCGCUUCAAGGCCAUAGUGGCUGCGGGAAACAAGAACGGCUGGCUGGGAAUCGGCCAGGGAAAGUCCAGGCAGAUGAGGGUUGCAAUAGAAAAGGCAAACAACGCGGCAUACCUCAACGUAAGCCCAGUGAAGAUGGGCUGCGGCAGCUGGGAGUGCAGGUGCGACCAAAAGCAUUCGGUUCCAUUCCGGGUUACCGGCAAGGGCGGAAGCGUCCAGAUCGAGAUACUGCCUGCUCCCAGGGGGCUGGGGCUGGUGGCAGGCGGAAAGAUCCGGCGGCUGUUGGAGCUUGCAGGCCUCAAGGAUGCGUGGACCAAGGCAAGGGGAUCCACGGCUACUAUGAACUCAACAUCAAAGGCGGUGCUUGACUGCCUACGUCAGACAUUCAGUCAGGAGACCACACUCAAGCUCCUAAAGCUGGAGAAGAAAUACAGGGCGACCAUCGUUCCCGCCAAGGAGAACACACUGGGCAUGCUAAACAAGGUAAAGCACUAUGUCUCAUGGAUCGAGGCCGAUCCGGCACUGGCUCGGGAACUCUUGGACAAGAAGGCCCGCAAGUCCGGCUACAGGAAGAUCACCCACGAGGAUGUCGCCCAGGCAGGCUUUGAUGGCAUGGACGACAUGGCCUCCUCGCUGGCCGAGGGCAAGUCCUCACUGACAAAGAUAAAGCCAUUCAAACCGUGGUUCGCGCUGGCGCCUCCGCGGAAGGGAUUCAAGCGCAGCACAAAGCGCCUGUACGGCCAGAAGGGCGUACUGGGCCACAACCGGGAACUGGACACCUUGGUCAGGAGCAUGAUAUAA